AUGAAUGCUUUCAAAAAUUUUAAAUCAUUUUUAUUAGUUAUUUGCUUGUUUCUAUCGUUUGCUUUAUUUUACAUAUCUUAUUUUUAUUUUAUCAAUGGAGUUUUUAAUCCAGCAGUUAGAUUGGUUUUCCUUGGAAGCCAAAUUUCCGAUCGUGAUAUAGUUUAUGAAAAUUCUAUAAUUCAAUCAAUUAGGUUUUUAUUUUUUAAAAAAAGUUAUUUCAAUAUGUCCAUAUUACUUCUAUUUUCAAUUAUUAUACCUAUAUUAAAACUUAUUAUGGUUAGUGAUAAUUUUUAUAGUAUUAUUAAAUUAUAUAUUUUAAAAAUAAAUAAUAAAGAAACAAAUGACAUAAAUCUUAUUAAUAUAAUGAAUGAAAAUAACACACUAAUAUUAAAAAAAUUUAGAAUUUUGAGUUCAAUAUCUAGGUUUCAAUUUGUAGAUGUUUUAAUAUCAGUAUUCAUUGUAUCAUCACUAAAUUUUUAUUUGAUAGAUGCGGAAAUGCUACAUGGAGGAUAUCAAUUUCUAAAUUAUUGUAUUUUAUCGACUAUAUCAUCUUUCUUUUUAUUAAUGUUUGCUUCAAUUAAAAUUCAAUUAUAUAAAAAGGAAAAUAUAAAAAUCUAUCCUCUUCUUCCUGAAAAAUAUUUAAAUUCAAAUAGAUCUAAUUCUAUGUUGUGUCUCACUAAAAUGGAGUGUUGUAAAAAAAUUAGUAAAAUAAAUAAUGAUAGUGAUAUUCAUGAUUGCAUAAAAAAUGAUAAAAAUGGAAGCAAUUUAAAAAAUAAGGAGGAAGGGGAAGAUUUAACAAAUGAAAACAUUAUUGAAUAUUCAUUGCUAAAAAAUGCAAAUGGUAUUCAUAAUGGAAAUAAUAGAAUCAAUGAUAAGGAAGAAAUAAAUAGUACAUUAAAUGAAUUUAAUAAUACUGAUAGGAAUUUUAUUGAAGAUGAAAAAAAUGAAAACCAGUUUCUUUACUAUGAUAAAUUGCAAAAUUUAAAUAGUAUAAAUUAUGUAUAUAAAUUAAUAAAAAAUAAUGAUGCUUACAUUUAUUUAAAAAAGAAAAAAUUUAAUUCUUUAUUGAAAUCAAAUUUCAGCACAAAUGGUUUUAAUAUCCUAAAAUUGCUAUAUGCACUUUUUUUAUGUUUUUAUUUAAAUUUUUGUAUUUAUUUGAUAAUAAAUGAAAGGUCUAAAAUUUUUGGAAUAUAUACAUAUUUAAGUUAUUUUAAUUUUAACAUUGAUGGGAUUUUAAUUGACUAUAAUGAUAUGUUAAAUACAUUAAAAAUUAAGAUAGACAAAAAUUAUAUUUAUACUUUUUUUAUGAUACUUCCAUUCAUUUUUCCUAUAUUAAUUUGCUUUUUCUUUUUUUUGAGUGUAUUGUUUUUGAAUAUAUAUUAUAUUAAUUUCUCAAAUUUUUAUAAAAAAGUUUCUCCAAUGAAUAAUGAAUUAGUUUUUGAUCCAGAGAUAGGAGAAAAUCAGAAAGUAGCAGUUUCAGAAAAAUAUAACUAUUUAUAUAUUAAAAAAGAAAUAGAAAAAAAUGAUAGAUUAUCAAAUACAUCUGAUGAUUUAUCUUCACCUAAUGAUAGUAGUACCAUUCCUAGUAGUAAAAGUGAAGAUAUAAAUACUAAUUUUAUUUAUGGAAGAGUUCUGAAUAUAUACUUUUCUUUAUCAGUUUUCUUUUGCUCUGUGUAUUCUUUUUUUCUACACUUUUCACUUGGAGAAAUCAUAACAAUAUCUAUAUUAACAUUUUAUCAAAUUGUUAAACGCACAAAAAAUUUGAAUAUUAUUACAUUAUAUAAGAGUAACAAAGUAAAAUUUUGUAAAUUAUGGAUAUUUUUAAUAUAUGGUAUUCUUUGUUUUUCAAUGUAUUUAUAUGUGAGACAAUGGAAAAAAUACUUAAAUAAGUUAAGAAAAACUAAAAAGAAGAUAUUAUUAUUUGAGAAAAAUAGAUAUAGUGAAAUAGUUGAUUUUAAUAUUCAGAAAAAUGAAAAUUGUGAUAUUCCCAUUUAUUCUUUUUUUUUCAAAAGUAUAUUUAAAAGAAAAGUAUAUAGUAAAAGUUUAAAUAAGCAAAAAGAACAUACAAAUACUAUGUGUUUGAACAAUAGAGAGUUUAAUGAAAUAGAUGAGAGGUAUGAUAAUACUGUGGAAGAUAAUGAGGAACAUACAGAUUUAGAUUCAAUUGGUAAUAAAAGAAACUUAUGUAAUGAAAACAAAAAAGAAUUAUUUAUAAGCCCUUUAUCUGAUAACAAUGAAAUUCUUAAUAGUUCACAAAAAAAAAAAUAUGAAGAGAGUAACCUUAAUAAUUUUAAGAGUAAAAAUCUUAUGUAUUUUAAAAGUAUUAUGCCCAUUAAAUCAAUUUUAUUGUUAAAUCUAGAAAAAAGAAGGAAAAAAAAUAAGAGAGAUAGAUUAUCAAAAAUAUUAAUAUUAGUACAUUUGCUUUUAUUCAUUUUUGUUUUAUUAUUAUCUUUAGUGGCUUUUAUUAAAAAAGAAGACGUUCUUAAAUUUAAAAUAUAUUCAAUUAAUAAAAAAUUGAAUAAUUUUUUUAAAUCAUCUAAAUUCCAUUCCUUAGUUCCCGCUAGUAUAGGAAAAUGUAAAACUAAGAAGUAUAUUGCUAAAUCACCAUGUUUUAAUAUUGGAACUGUAUAUCAUGAACAAAAAACUUUUUAUCAUGCUACUCUUUUCUAUUUAGAAGAUAUAAAUUCAAUAAAUAUAAGAAAUUUGAAUUUUUAUUAUGAUAAAGGAGUAUAUUAUUUAUUAAUAGAUGGAUAUUUUAAGCAUAUUUAUGGCCCACUUUUUUUAAAAUUAUGUUUAGGUUCAAAUUUUUGCCCUAUUAGAACAUAUACUUCCUUAUUAGGAAAUAUGCCAAAUUUUUCAAUUACCUUAACGGCAAAAUGCGAUGAUAAACACCCACCAAAUUAUAUAAGUAAACUUUUUAUUAAUAAUUUGAAAAUUACAAAGAUUGAAAUUGUAAAAGAUUCAGGUUUAAUUGAUAAUAUUGAUAUAAAAUUAGAUAAUGUGGAGAAGCUUAUCCGAAAUAAAAUUAAUUCUAUGUUAGCUAAAAAAAAAAAGAUUAUAAAAUGGAGAAAUCGUAAAUAUCAUCUUGAGGGUUUUAUAAAUUAUUUGAUAACAAGUAAUGUAUUAUCUAGUUUUUCUUGCGAGCCUUUAUAUAAUUAA